UUUAAAUGGAUCAAUCGUUAUAGAGAUCUUAAAUUAUACAAUUGACAUAAGGAUAUUAAUCAUAAAGUGGUAUUUGGCAAUUAAGAAAGAUUGACAUUAUUGUUUAGCAUAACAAAAUGAAUGAAUUGAUUUAUUUGUAGGAUGGUGAAAUUCUUAAGAAGUAUUAAACAAUUAAAAAAUUUAAGAGAACUUCUAACAGAUUAUUCUGAAGAAGUUAAUAAUAACAUAGAAAUGAUCAAAUAUGCUUUUUGGAAUGGAUAGAUGAAUAACUAAAAUCAUAAAUUUGGAAGAUGGAAUGCUUUCUGGAAAGGAAAAAGGACCAUUAUUGGAGGAUAUUAUGAUUAAAAUAAUUUAAAAAAAGGAAAAUGGGCUGAAUUUUUUAAUAAAUAUUGGGAGUAAGUUUCUUUUUAAUUAUAUCUAAAAAGUCGUUGUUAAGUUAUAUUUAUAGGUGAAUAUUAUAAUGGAAAGAAAUAUGGACUUUGGGAAACAUUAUAUAGAUAUUAAUCUAGAGAAUAAUAUUAAAUUAUGUAAAUCAUGCUAAUAAAAAUAAUCAAUUUAAAGUGGCUUGCAUAACUACGAUAGAAAUGGAUUCUAAUAAGGAAAAUCAUAUGAUAUAUCAGAUAAGUUUUGGGAGUAUUUAAAUUGAUUUAUUAUUUUAGUUUUAGUUAAAUUU